AUGCGUGUCAUUAUAAAUGGAAUGUUUGUGGGCGUAUACCUCAUGACUGCUGGCAAUGAUGAUUGUGUGCGCACUAUGCGCGAGGAGUCCGGUGGGUUCGGCGGGGUCGUGGUGUCGAGAGCAAUCGCUCGAGGUACUCCUCGCUCCAUUGCGGAGGAAAGCGGCAUGCAGCGGACGGCUGAGCCAGUGGCUCCAGCAGCGGCGUGCAGUGCCUGGUGGAAGAGCCUGCAGGUGCAGGCGCGCCCAGUGGGGCGCGCGCCGCGCGCUUCGCAGCAGCAGCAGCGGGGAGGAGGAGGAGGGGCGGAGGAGGGCAGCGACGCCGAAGGAGGGCGAGGGCAGGGGAUGACGGGGCGCCGCGGGCGGCGGCAGGCAGCCGGCGGGCCGGGCCGGCUCGUCGCUGGCCGGCCGCCUGUCUCGGCGCAGAGUACACGGGGCCCGACGCCGCCGGCGCCGCUGCGCGCCUGCAAGCAGCGCUCCUCAGCGCGCACUGAAGCACUGAGGCUCCGCCCCGCCACGCCCCACCACGCGCCCGCCGACAUGAAAGGGCAGCGCGACUCCCGCCAGCCCGGCGGAGCGCCAGCGCGCGUCCUCCUCCUCCGCCAGCGACGAAUCAGGGCGCGUCCCGCAGCCGGCCGACGCUCGAGUACGCAGCGGACGGCGCGGGGGCGGCUUCCCGCCGCACGCCUGCCGUGGCCGCUGUCGGCGGGCGUCGCCGCGUCGGGGUUCCCCGGGCGCGCUCCGCCCGCCGCCCUGCAGCCGCUCAAGCUGCGCCCGCCGCCCGCCGGCGGCGGCGGCGACGACUCGGCGUCGCCCGCGCGCAAGAGCCCCGUCACCGUGCAGGAGUGGGUGGACUCGCUGCCCGCCGCGCUCACACGGUGA